GACAGACGCAUGAGAGAGAGAGGCAGGGUGGAGAGAGAGAGCGAGACAGCCAAGGAGGAGGGCAGGGGUCAGAGUGCCACAGAGACAGCUCGAAAUUAGAGACACAGUACAGAGACUGCUCCCUCAGGGUAAUGGAUGCAGAAGAGCAAAAGAGACAGCCAGGGGAGCCCACUGCAUAGACAAGGGAAUCAGAGAGAGAGUGUGAGGGCGCUCGCAGAGACUGCGGUGUGAGGGAGAGAGCCAGGAGGGGGCGCUCACAGAGAGUGUAGUGUGAGGGAGAGAGCCAGGAGAGGGCGCUCACAGACUGAGGCGGUGAAACAGAUUUAAAGAGACAGCUUUCUAUACAGGUGUGGCAGUCCGAGUUGCCCCCCAUGGCGUCCAGUCCUCCAGCCCCUCUGCCCCUGCUGCCGUCGCUGAGCUGCGCUCUGUGCCGUGAUGUGCCCCGGGACCCGGUCACCCUGGCGUGUGGUCACUGCCUGUGCAGGGGGUGCUUGGAGAGGGCGUGGAGAGGCCAGGAGAACUACCCCACCUGCCCCAAGUGCCGGCCGGCCCAAGUGCAGCCCCCCGACGGGGUCCAGAGGGGUGCGUGCGCAGAACACGGAGAGAAGCUGCAGUUCUACUCCCCGCAGGAGGGCAGAAUGCUGUGCACCCGAUGCCCGGGGUCGGCGGAGCAGCACGCCGCGCACGCGCUGGUCCCCAUACAGGAGGCUGUGGGAGGCUACAAGGACGAGCUGAUCUCCGCCAUCGCUCCGCUGGAGUCCCGCCUGAAAGAGCUGCAGCAGAUGCAGUGCGCGCAGGAACAGAUGAUCGCGCAGCACCGGGGCAACCUGCUGAGCACCAAGCACCAGGUCAGCGUGGAGUUUGAGAAGCUGCACCAGUUCCUGCGCGAGAGGGAGGAGCGGCUGCUGCGGGAGCUUCAGCAGGAGGGAGACCUCAUCCUGGCCGAGAUGGAGGAGAGUCUGAGCAAAAUCAAGCAGAACUGCCAGGGGAUCCUGCAGACCAUCAGCACCACGCAGCCCCGGCUCUACGAGCAGGACCCCAUCUCCUUCCUCACCGAUAUCAAGUCUUGUAUGGAGAUAUGCUACAGUGGAUACAGGGAUGGCUUCCCAGCGCAGAACGUCGUGGCUCCCAGAGAUUUCGGGUACGGCGGCGUGAAGGAUCUGAUUCAAUACACGGCGUGGAAAGAUAUGAAGUCUUACAUCAGCCCAGCCCUGCCCAACAUAAUCAUGGAUCCCAGCACCGCCCACCUUAACCUCAUCCUGUCCGAUGACCUCACGUCUGUCAGAUACAGCGACACCAAGCAGUCUCUGCCCGAGAACCCGCGCCGCUUCGACUACUGCUGCUGCGUCCUGGGCACCGAGGGCUUCUCCUCCGGCCGCCACUACUGGGCCGUGGAAGUUGGAAACAAGACCAAGUGGAACCUCGGCGUGGCCAAGGAGUCGGUGAACAGGCGCGGCGGCAUCACCCUGUCCCCGGAGAACGGCUUCUGGAUCCUGUGGCUGAGGAACGGACACGAGUUCAAGGCUCUGGACGUGCCGUACCGGGCCCUCACCCUGCGGAGCAAACCCCAGAGGGUGGGGAUCCUGCUGGACCACGAAGGGGGCCUGCUGUCCUUCUACAACGCCGACGACAUGUCCCACAUCUACACCUUCGUGACCUCCUUCACCGAGACCGUCUACCCCUACUUCUGCCCCUGCCUCAACGACUCCGGGAAGAACGGGGGCCCCUUGAAAGUCCUGCACCACAUCCCUUAAGGUGUUUGAGGGGGGAGAGGAUAACAUUAAGGCACUACGGCCCCCCAAAUCCAUGGCCUUGCACCGUUCAGUGGAUCGUGGACUGGUCAGGGGCAAUUUAAAAAAAAAAAAAGUGAUUUUGUUUCAAUACCCCCCCGCGCAUCGUUCUCCUCGUCCCACCGGUAAAACAGCGGGGGUCCGUUUUAUUUGGAGGGGGCCCUUUUACUUGCAAAGGCACUGUCUCUUUAAGUGGGCGGGGGUGGGCGUGGCCAUUAUCUUACCUACUAUUCCAAUAAACAUUUAACUGGA